AGCAAUCGUUUAACACACGUGUUUUGAAAAGUAGCAAAAAAAAAAGACAUUUUUUCAAAGUUUUUAUUUAAUCAUGGGUCGUGGAUACAAGCGAAAUCGUUUUGCACAGAAAAGACGCGAUAAGAAACAGGGCAAGGAAAAUGUAGUCCGUGCAGAUAAACCGUAUGAAAAUUUGGUCAAGGAAAGUGAAACGUUUGAUCGUUACUAUAAACAUGUUAAAAUCUGUCCGGAAAAUGAAUGGGACGAUUUCAUUAAAACACUCCAAUCGGAUCUGCCUGUAACAUUUCGUAUUAGUGCUUCACGAAAUACAGCUAAGAAGCUACUUGAUUUGAUUGAAAAUGACUUUUUUACCAAAUAUAUUUCGGAUUCAACACAUGAACAAAAAAGUCCCAUCGUUCUCGAAUGGUAUCCCGGCAAAAUGGCAUACCAAUUGGAACUCUCACGAAAAGACAUUCGACGAACUGAGUCACAUUACAAAUUGCACAACUUUUUAAUUGCCGAAACAACAGCUGGCAGCAUCAGUCGACAGGAAGCCGUGAGCAUGAUCCCACCGAUUGUACUGGAUGUGAAGCCACAUCAUAAGGUUUUGGACAUGUGUGCUGCACCAGGAUCAAAAACAGCUCAACUUAUUGAAGCACUUCAUGCCGAUGAAAACAAUCCGAUACCAUCUGGUUUUGUGAUUGCCAAUGAUGUUGAUAACAAUAGAUGUUAUAUGUUGGUUCAUCAAGCAAAACGACUAAAUUCUCCGUGUUUUGUCGUUAUCAAUCAAGACAGCGCAUGCAUGCCAGCGUUUGAAACAUCCGAAGGCACCGCAUUGAAAUUUGAUCGCAUAUUAUGUGAUGUGCCAUGCAGCGGUGACGGCACACUUAGAAAGAACCCCGAUAUUUGGAAGAGAUGGCAUUUAGGUCAUGGCUUGAAUUUGCACGGCAUUCAGUAUCGGAUAGCACGACGUGGUGCUGAAUUGCUUGAAAUUGGUGGACGUUUGGUGUAUUCAACGUGUAGCCUGAAUCCGGUCGAAAAUGAAGCUGUAUUGCAUCGAUUGCUCAAAGAUAGUGAAGGUGCAUUGGAAUUGGUUGAUUCAUCGGAUCUUUUGCCGGGUCUAAAAUAUGCUCCAGGAAUCUCGUAUUGGGAAUUGUCCAGCAAAGAAUGUAAAGAGUUUUACCGAACUUUUGACGAAGUUCCAAAAGAAUUCCAUACAGUUGUUCGACCACAAAUGUUUCCACCAUCGGCUGAAGAAGCGCCAAAGUAUUGUUUAGAGAAGUGCAUAAGACUUUUACCACAUUUCCAAAAUACAGGUGCAUUUUUUGUUGCUGCAUUGACAAAGACAAGGCCGUUGCCAUGGGAACGAAAAUCAAAAGAGGCGAUGAUAAGUCCCGAUGAAGAGGCGACAGUUUCAACAGCUGAAACAGCUGAAACAGUCGAUGCAUCGAAUGGUGUUGAAGAAAAACGAGUUCCAUGGGGGCCACAACGUAAAAAGCGUCGAAUUUACGGUUACAAAGAAGAUCCAUUUGUAUUUUUCACUGAAGAUGAACCAGUAUGGAGAGAGAUCAAGUCAUAUUUUGACAUCGAUAUUGCCAAAUUGACCGCAUUCAGUCCAGCCCAAUUAUUGACACGUUCAGUUAAUGGAAAAAAGAAAAACAUUUACUUUUGCUCUAAAUCAGUUAAAGAUUUGGUCCAAGCCAAUGAAGAACAUAUUAAAAUCAUAAAUACGGGCGUUAAAGUGUUUGCUCGCUGCGAUGCUCGGAAUAUAAAUUGUGAUUUCCGUCUUGCAAACGAGGGAUUGGAGGCCAUCGGCAAUGUCAUUGGAAAUGCUCGGCGUAUUGAAGUUUCGAAGGAGGAUUUGAUUUUAUUGUUGGAGCAUAAUAAUCCACAAAAUCCACCGCAACUCGACACAAUGAGCGACCAAACCAAAGAACGCAUGAAAGAUGUGGAAGCCGGCAGUUGUUUGCUUGUGUACAAGGAUAAUGAAUUCGGUUUUACUUUGAAUGUCGUUGGUUGGAAGGGAGGAAAAUCACUUCGUGCAUAUAUCGAUUUGAAUGAUUCGAUACACAUGCUUAGAUUGCUGGGUGCGGAUGUUACCAAAUUUGAAGUGAACAAAUUCCAGAAAAAAGAAACCGAAGACAAAACCACACAAAAAGAAGACGAAAACGAUGCCCCUCCAAUGGAAAUGGAAACAAAUCAAGAUUAAUUUACUUUUAUAACAUCAAUAAAGUAUUUUUAUUAUUUGUUAAAUAACA